GCUCUGCAGAUCUGCUGCUUAAGAGUCAGGGAUGACUUCUUACGCUGAUCAUCCCAGGAUGUGGCUUCUUGGUGACGUCACCCACAGAUGUUUCUCAAGACCACACCCCCACGUGGGACUGAAACCCAUUCACACAGUGCAAUAGCUGGGGGGAAAGGCACCUCUCGCUGCCACCACCGUGCGACCCACCAUGUAGAUCUGAAUUAACAGCAUUUGCGAUUAAGAGGAUCUAUCAACAGCUGUCAAUGUCAGGAUUCGUCUUCUCUCCCCUGGACUCAGAUGGAUUUAUUUUCCUAUGCAAGUUGGGCGUGAUCUCCAUGGACCAAGUGCAAUCUGGUGUCAGUUAACAAUCAGCCUGUUACAGGGGAAGGCAAAAGAUAUAGAAAUCAAUAAACUCAGCAACAUUGGAUGCAAACAGGGAAUUCGGUGCAAUCGGAACAAAAAUACAGGGAAAAAAUGUCCACUGUCGCCUAUGUAGAUCAUUUCGCUGCAGAGUGCCUUGUAUCGAUGUCCAGUCGCGCUAUUGUCCACGCGCCUGUUACAGCAGCACCUACUUCAGUGCUGGUGGAGGAUCGGAAGGAGCCCGUGAAAGACAAUACAUCUCUGUUUGUGGUGGCCAGGAUUUUGGCUGAUCUCAACCAGCAAGUUCCCAAUGUCCCGGUGGACACGGAGACUCCAGGGCAGGGCGACGGCAGCCUUGUCCCCACGGGGGAUCGGGGCGAUCGUGUGCCCGCAGCCGGCAAGCGUGGAGACACGGCGGCCACACCUCCCCUCCAGCAGGAGCCAAGCCCUGUGCAAAGAGCCAGACGUGGGAAAAGCAAGUGUGACCCCGAAUCACCUCUCAAGAAGCACAAGUGCCCCUACCCUGGCUGCGAAAAAGUUUAUGGCAAAUCGUCCCAUCUGAAAGCUCAUUUGAGGACACACACAGGUGAGCGCCCAUUCGAAUGCAGCUGGGAAGAUUGCAACAAGAAAUUUGCUCGAUCAGAUGAGCUGGCUCGACACUACCGCACUCACACAGGAGAAAAGAAAUUCAGCUGCCCUAUUUGCGAGAAGCGUUUCAUGCGCAGUGACCACCUGACGAAGCAUGCCCGCCGCCAUGCCAAUUUUCAGCCCAGCAUGCUUAAGGGUAGAGGUGGCUCUAGAAAUGGGUCAGUGAGCGACUACAGCCGUUCUGAUGCAUCUAGUCCGGCCAUUAGCCCAGCAAGCUCCCCAUAAAUCUACUUGCACUGGACAUUAGCACUUUGCCUCUGCUAAUGUGGGACACUUUGUGAAAAUGACUUUUUUUUAAUCACAUGCAUUUAAUUUUUUUUCUUUUUAUGUGAUUUGAAGAUUGCUUAUUUUAACUGAACAAUACAGAUACUAGUUAACAUUUUGUUUUGUUUUUUAAAGAAGAACUUCCACAGUUCUCUGAGUUUGUUUCUUGGCUGCCUUUCUAUUGGAUUUCCAGAAUUCUAUAAAUCAAGCUGUUUUGGAUCUCCAGAAUCCUACAGGUUAUUCUGCCUUGAAUCUUCAGAAUGCAAUAUUUCCCAAUCUCUACCUCCAGGUUUCCAUAAUUCUUCUGUUCUCAUAUCUCAAGGAUCUCUGAAAUCCUUAUCUUUUAUACAUACACAAUGCAUCUCCUUCUCUUUGGAUCUCAAGAAAUGCUUCCUUUAUAUGUCCAGGAUAUUUUGUCCCACCGCCUAGGAACUCCAGAAGUCCAAGAGUUCUAUUUAUCACACCUCCUCCACCUUACCUUAUUAACUAUUUUUGUCACAGAUUCAUCACUUGCAAUAUUUUCUUUCAAAAAGACUAAA